CAAUGCAUAUAAAUACCACCCUCUCUGUUGUCUAGAAAAUCACUCCCAUUUUUCCAAAACUUGACCACAUAUUUAUACUUGAUGGAAAAGAAUGGCAAUAAUCCUGCUGCAGCAGCAUCAGAUUCAGAGGGAGUGUGCCAGAAAAUCUACAGCGCCAUCACAGUUUCUCCUGCAUUUCGAACAGUUCGCCGAGCCACGCAUUUUCCACAAGAACCUACAGCUGCCUCCGCUGCUAGAAGCACGUAUCCUCCACAACCACAACCCAAGAAGUCAGCUGAAUUAGUGGUUCGGAUUCCAAUCACGUCCGAAAAAAUAGUAGGGAAAGGCUGUGAUGAUCAAGCAAAUUCCAAGGUUGCUGCGAAGAUUGAACCCAAAAAACCUCCAACUCAUCAUGGUCUAGUACACAAAUACAAGGAAGAGUUGGCCAAGGCUACUCAUUCAAAAGUUGAGGAGGACAAACAUGAAGCACAAGCUCAAGCUAGGAAUAUUGAAGGAAAGAAACAAGGAGGAUUGGAUAUUAAUGACAAAUUUUCGGAGUAUAUCAAUCGGGCGAAGAUCAAGAUCAGAUCAAUGUCAUCGAAGAAGAUAGCGGAAUCAGAUGAGGUUGAGUAUGAUGGAAAGAAAAGAGAGACUGGAAACGACCAUUUUUCUGAUUAUAUUCAACGUGCGAAGAAAAAGUUCAGAUCUACGCCGUCAAAUCUUGGUGGUCGAAAGAAUGCUUCCUUUAAGCGAGAGUAGGAGAUUAAUCUGUUUAACUUUUGGUUUGAUGGGUUUUGCUGAUUGAAAAUAAUAAGGGUGGUGUUGGUGAAUGCUAGCUGGGAGGGAAGUACAUAUAUGAUAUUUCUAAUUAAUGUGUGUGCAUGAAGGAUUUCGCUACGCUCAGGAAGUGCAUGCGCUUACAUGCAUGCACGACUGAUGUUAGCAGCCUCUCUUAAUGUAACGUAUAAUAAGUUUAUUCUAUUUUAUUAUUGUUUUCUCUCUA